AUGAAGGGAGGUGGUUUUUAUAAAGGAACAAGUACAGAACAAACUCCUUUUUUUGGUGAUAAGGAAAAAAAGUUAAUUGAAAAAAUGAAAUGGCCAGAAAUUUAUAAUCGUCAAAUUGAUGUAAAUAAAAUUAAUUUUAAUAUAGUAGAAAAAUGGAUAAAUAAAAGAUUAACUGAAAUUUUAGGUUUUGAAGAUGAUAUUUUAUUUGAUUAUUGUAUAUCUCAAUUAAAAUAUUCAAAAGAGAAAAAAGAUGAUGAAGAACAUAAUUAUUUGAAUGCAAAAAAAUUAAAAAUAAAUUUAACAGGAUUUAUAGGAAAUAAGAAAAGUGAAAUUUUUGUUAAAGAAUUAUUAGAAUUAUUAAUAUCUAAUGAAGAAAACGAUGAAAAUAUUUUAAAUACAUUAAUUGAAGACAAAAAAAAUGAAAUAGAAGAAGUUAAAAAUCAAAAUGAAAUUAUAAAAAAAAAUAUAGAAAGUAUUAAAAAUAUAUAUAUAGAAAAUGAAAAUAAAGAAAAGAAUGAAUUUUUCCAUAGUGAGAGAUGUGAAUUAAAUGAAGAUAGUGAAAAUAGUAAUGUUAAAAAUUUCAAGGAUAAGCAUAAAGAUAAAAUUAAAGAGAAUAAUAAAAAUUCUUUGGAUGAAAUUUAUAAUAAAAAAAAAAGAAAUGAACAUGUAAGUUUAUCAUGUACACAAUCUUCUUUAUCAUAUCAAGAUUCAGACUCAGAUUUUAGUAAAAGUGAAAAACAUAGAAAAUAUAAACAUAAAGAUUUAAAAAAGAAAAGAAAUAAACAUAGUAGAAAGUAUUCUUCAAGCGAUCAUAGUACUAGUAAUACACUAUCAUAUAGUGACACAUCAGAAUAUAAAAAAAGAAGAAAAACAAGUUAUUCGAGCUAUGAAAGAAAAAGUAAUGAAGACCAUUAUAGUAAGCAUGAUAUAGAUAAAAAAAGAGAAGAAAAAAGAAAAAGAGAAAGAAAAAGAGAAAGAGAAAAAGAAAGAGAAAGAGAAAGAGGAAGGGAAAAAGAUAGAGAAAGAAAAAGGAAAAAAGAAAGAAAUAUUGAGAGAAAUAGAAAGAGGGAAAGAGAAUUAGAGAGAGAUAGAAAAAGAGAAAGAGAAGAUGAAAAGAGAAGAAAAAGAGAAAGAGAAAAAAAAAGAGAUAGAGAUAGAAAUAGAGAAAAGAGAAAAAAAGAAGAGGAGAGAAAAAAGCUAAAAGAAAUAUAUGAUGAUGAAAUGAAAUCAAUUAGUAUAUCUAACAGUGAUGAAGACAGUGAACAUAUAAUGUUAAAAAAAAAUGAAAAUAAAAAUUCCUUAAAAGAUGAUAGUUCUACUAGCUCAGAAGAAAGUAAUUCAAUUAGUGAUUCAUCAAUGUCCUUAAAUGUUAUGAAAAGUAAACAAAAGAAAGAAGUAGAUAUUGUAAAUAAUAAAAAUAAUAAAGAUUGUAUGAAGGAAAAAGAAAACAGGAAUUUAAAAUCUUGUAAAGAGAGUAAAAUAAAAGAAAUAGACAUUAUACUAAAGAAAAAAAGUUACAAAAAUUCUAAAAAAAAACUAAGAGCUUGGUCAUCAUCAGAAAGUGAAAACAUAGAAGAAAAAUAA